AUGUAUGUCAACUCUAUAUCCCUUGGGGCCGUUGCCCUCUGUCUCCCUCUGAUCGCCAAGGCCUCCCCGUUGCUCACUACAACGUUCGACAUCGAGGGGACCCCGGUCGUCGUCCUCGAAGAGAUUGUUGCGACCACCACCGUCACGGUCCAUGACGGUGCGCCAACUGACUGCGCUGCGGGCCCCCCACCGCCGACCUUUUCGGUCGUCAAAGGACCCAAUACAUUCGUGAGCGGGCCAUAUGUGGCUCCGAGCGGUCCAGUUCCUGAUCCCACUUUGCUCGCUCCGGCUAUUCACCCAGAUAUCGACCCAUCCAACGUCGCCAACCUCCGUCUCGACAAUAAGGCUAAUCUAUUCUAUUCAGCUCCGGAACUAUCCAGCAAUGAUGUUCCUGUUGCCUUCGUCAUCAUCCCCCAGAUGGCCUAUCCCUGUGUCGUCUUGGACCAUUCCUCUUUGAUAAGUGACCUGACAUGCGAUUCUACGAGCCUGUCGGUCAAGUUCACUAGCCAAGUAGCCUUCGACACAGCCCAGAGUCAUUGGACAGCUGAGGCGUCCUCUUUUGUUGCCAUCACUUCGAACCCUGCCUGCGCUUCUGCAUCAGGUGAGCAUGGAUAUGUUCUUGUCAACAGUGUCACGUUCUCGCCAGACGGACUUAGUGCCACUGCCAGCAUCUCCUUGAUCGAUCUCACAAAGGCUGUCGGUGACAAUAACCCCGUUGAGGUCCAGCUCGGGAACUUCACACUCUCAAAUGGGGACGGGAGUGGCUCUUUCAGUGCUGGUGGCCCUGGUGGCCCUAUAACAAACUCUUCUUCGCCGCCGCCGUCGUCGACCAACCCAGAUUCCUCCUCGCCGGAUUUCGACGUUGCCCUGGACGAGCUGAUUGGCUUCUUGGACGUGGACGACGAGGCAUACUGGCCGCAGCUCUACCCUGGGGUCACCGGCGAGACAUUUGCGGACUUUGCCGGCGAAGACAUCGGACCUGCCCUACCGGCCCAGCCUGAGAAGAGGCACCGUCCUUCCAAGACGCACGUCUACACAAGACUCGAGCGUCGUGGAUGGUGGAGCUCCGUUGUGAACACUGUGAAGAACGUGGGAAGCACAAUCGCGAACACUGCUUCCAACGUCGCCAGUAGCGUGGCCAAGGCUGCGGCUGAUGCUAAAGACAAGGUCGUCGAGGCUGCCGCCAAGGCCUAUGACUCCCUCAACCCUUUCACGCCACGGACCUUUACCCCAAUCGACAACGACCUCAACUUUGCCACCCCCAAGGGGUCUGACUCCACACCGUGGGGUGUUGGCAAGCAGCUCUUGUCCAAGACCGAGAACGGCGGAGCCAUCGCCAUCUACUGUGUCGGGUGCGGCGUCUCGGGAAAAAUCCACGUUACGGGGACCGUCACUUUCAUCGUGGGCAAGCUCUCGGUCAGCGGCAACCUCAAGGCAAACGGUGCGGUGCAGGCAGCCCUUGAGCUCGGCAUCGUCGCGAGCUACAAAAACACCUGGUCCUACACCCGAGACAUCGCCACCGUGCCACUGUCGCCUCUGAGUGUUCCUGGGAUCAUCACAAUCGGGCCCCAGGUGACACUCUCAGCCGGCGGCUCCCUGACUGUUGACGCGGUUGGGCAGCUCCUUGCUGGUGCCGUGCUUGACUGGCCAGCCAUCCAGGCCACCAUCGAUAUAGGUGACCUGGGCGCUUCUUCCGCCAGUGGCUUUAAGCCACACGUCAACCCCGUCUUCGAGGUCAAGGCGGCAGUAGCAGCGUCAGCCGACGCGUUUCUUACUCUCGCCGUCGGGUUCGGAAUCGACAUCCUAGCAGGCACCAUCAAGAAGCAAGUCGCGUUGGUGGAGAAGCCAGACAUCAACGUCGCCGCCAAGGUCAGUGGCCAGGCAUCGCUGUCUGGUGGCAGCGUGAGCGGAACGAUAGGAAACGGCCAGUGUGCCGGUGUUACGCUGGAUGUGACAUUUAACAACUACGUAUAUGCCGACCUCGCGGGCAGCCAGAAGGACAUCAACACGCUCAGCAUCCCUGUCCUCAGCAAGUGCCUCACCAUCCCGAAGCGCCGCAGCCUAGAGGGCUCCGUGACAGCCAGGACACUGCACUUUGGACACGGGCCCGAGACCCACGUGCCAGCCGAGCCGCGAACAACCGACGAGAACCUCUCCAACAUGACGACACCGGUCCUGAAUUACACCGUGCUGAACGCCGCUGACGGAGGUCUGGAGGUGCACUAUGCGGACAAUGGGAACCUGUACGCCAUCCUUGACGACUCCACCACGGCCCAUGGCAUCGAUGACACCAUUCUGUUCGCCGAGUCUGCAAGCGGGAAUGUUGUUGGAGAUUCUGAGGGCCGUCUGCUUCAUGGCUAUGUCGAUACACUGGCCAGCCUGGGUGUCUCUAGGCUGCGUCUUGCUGAUGGAAACCACCUUCCCAAGACAUCUGUCAUGCUGACUCUGGCCCCUGUGGAUCCCGACGGUUCGGGAAAAUCCCUGAUGAUGGCGUUCGACACGGCGGGUAACGCGUAUUACCCCUUGCUAUGUGUCUACGAGGAUCUAUACCCCAAGCUCUUCAUAGCUAAGGACCCUACCACCGGCGCCUCUGUGCUUGAGGAUCCUGCCCAGAGGGCCGCGCUGACGGGUGGUGCCGUGAAGGAGUGCGGCUUCUUUGGCGUGACGGAUGGGGUCAAGGGCGUCAACGAUCCUUAG